AUGGCACGGAAGAAAGUUCUAACGACAUUAGGCGCUGGAUUUUGUGUUUCACUUCUCUUUGGAGUGUUGGUAAUACCUUGUGAAGGUAUCGUUGGUGGUAUUCGAUCGGCCACACCUCCCCUCGACGAUCCGGUGGUGUUUGUGAGAGCUGGAGGUCGUGCAGCCCGUAUCGAGGGCUUACGUAAUCGCGAGACAGGGCUCUACUCGUUCCUCGGCAUUUACUAUGCGGAAUCUCCUACCGGACAGAAUCGUUUCGCACGGGCACAGUAUCGUCAUCUCAGCGGUGACAUCAAUGCGACACGAUAUGGACCACCCUGUCCCCAACCGAGAGCAGACAACCCGUACCGUGUGAUCGGCAACGAGGAUUGUCUCCUGCUCAACAUUUUCACCCCACAGAUGCCGGACGAAACGACGGGAUUACCGGUGGUGGUGUGGAUACAUGGUGGGGGCUAUCGGUACGGGUCUGCUUCCCAGUACGGUGCUGAACCGCUAACUGCAAAUGGAGUGAUCUUUGUCCCGAUCCAAUAUCGGCUCGGAUCGUUCGGUAUGGUCGGAGAUGGAAGUCGUGAUUUGUCUGGUAACUUGGCACUUCUCGAUAUGGCGACGGCUGUCCGAUGGGUGAAGGAUUACAUCGGAUGGUUUGGAGGAGAUCCAGCUCAGAUUAAGCUGAUCGGUCACGGAUCGGGAGCAUCGGCUGCGAUGGUGCUUGCAUCGGCCACUAUGGCACGGAGCUCUAUCACCGGUGUGGUGGCAAUGUCCGGGUCGUCUGUACAACCAAAUGCAUACGAAAAGGAGCCUCAGGUAGCGUACCAAGAAGCUACCAUGCGCCAUCGUUGCGCGGCCGGAAAUGAAACCGAGGUGGUAAAGUGUCUGCGCACAAAGACAACCGAGGAGAUUGUACUGAUGGAUUCGGAACUGCAGACUGAGCGAUUCAGUGGAGAAAAGCUAGUCAAUGGUGUUACGCCCCAGGCAGGUCUCAAUCCGGUCAUCGAAGAGAAAGAUGAUGGACGGGGACUGUUGGGAUUGUUGACGGACAAACCGGAGGCAUCGCUUCUAGCCGGAGACUUUCCCAAAAUUCCUCUACUGAUUGGGGUGACGAAAGAUGAAACAGCAAACGCGAUCGACGUGAAAGAGAUUCAAUUGGCAUUUAAAGGACCAACCAAUUUCCUCAAAAAAACAAGCUCAUUGGUCGGGCUGGAAGGGUUCUUGAAUGUGGAGAAACAGGUACAAGCCUUAGAUACCGUCGGUGGCGUACUGAACCUGGAUAAAUAUCUCGAAAUUCCGAGCAACUGGGAUGUGACGCAGGUGUUGGGCAAACUCGUAGAAGCAACGACCGAUGCUGUCUUCAAUCUACCAGCCGUUGUGUCCGCUCAGGCCUGGAGCAAAAGCUCCAAAGCGUUUAUGUACAGUUUCGAACAUCGGUCGGAUAGCACGAGAGGGCGUGACUUCCUGUCCGGUUUGCCGAUCGUGGCCAAGGCAGGCACAAACGGAGCCGACAACCGGUUGGUAGCACACGGUGAUGAAUUGGGCCUGCUAUUCGAUACGCACGACGUGUACGGAAAUCCCAUCCUAUCGUCGUCCGUCAAGUCAGCGAAAGACAUUAACGCACGGAAGUCAUUUGCUUCGUUUAUUGCCAAGUUUGCGUACCUCAACAUGACCAGCAUGCAUCAGGACAAUGUGUUCAAGAGCUUUUCCAGCAAGGGAACACCGUUCGUAAAGAUUGGCGAAAAGAUUUCGGUGGAUAAUGACUUCAGAUUCUGUCAACUGUCCAUCUGGGGGGCACAGCUGGAAGCGCUGAAAUCACUUUCCUGUUCGUUCCUGGGCGAAGGGCUUGGCUCCGUCAGCAAAGUGGUCGGCAAUGUAGUGCCCAUUAACAAAGUGUCCGGAUUACUGUUCGGCGGAUAGUCGUUUCGAAGGGCACGGUGCCACGCAAAACACAAGAUAGUGACCGUUUUUUUAUGAUGUACAUCUACUAAGACGCCUGAAUGAAUGGAAUAAGGUUC